AUGGUCGUUUAUACUUCUUCACAUACUUCGGUUACUCUCCCAGAGAUUGACAUUUACUCUUACUUGUUUCUCCCAAAUGAGUAUAAUACAACACGCCCACUAGACAGAGCUAUUCUCAUAGACGCCGAGUCUCAAAGGUCCCUGUCGUUUACUCAGGUUCGGGAUAUCUCUGGUCGCUUAGCCACCGGUUGGAAUAAAUCUGCUGGUCUAUCUAAAGGAGAUGUUGUAGCUGUAUUUGCACCAAACCAGUACGAUCAUGCUCUUUUGUACUUUUCUCUUCUCGCAGCAAAAUGCACCAUCAGUCCAGGUAACCCCGCCUACACAAAAGCUGAGUUUUAUCAUCAAAUCCACACCUCUGGUGCAAAGGCACUCGUUACUGUCCCCAGUCUUCUUCCUGUCCUUACUAAAGUUUGCGAGGAAGUUGGUAUUCCAAAAGAGCGAAUCUUUUUGUUUGGGGACCAAGCUAUUGGCUCUAUCAAGCCAUUUUACAGUCUACUUGAAAACAACUCUAGCAUAGAGCUCCCACUUAAGAAUGUCGAUUCAGUAAACGAUGUAGCCUUCAUAUGUUUUUCAAGUGGUACCACAGGAAUCGCCAAAGGAGUUAUGCUUACUCACCGCAACUUUAUUGCACAAAUGAUCCAAGUAACAAAAUUUGAAAAUGGCGACACAAACCAAAUCAACGACAGAAUUUUAGCCUUUUUGCCCUUCUUUCAUAUAUUUGGGCUCACAACCCUUGUAAUCCGCGCUUUCUAUUCUCUUACACCUGUUGUUGUAAUGGGAAAAUACGACGUCGAAGUUUUCUGUCGUCUUGUUCAAAAACAUAAAAUUACAAUUGCUAAUAUUGUACCACCAGUCGCUGUUCAUUUGGCCAAGCAUCCUGCAGUGAAAAACUAUGACUUGUCAUCUUUGCGUAUUAUAGGAUGUGGAGCUGCUCCGUUAAGCCGAGAGCACAUUGACGCCCUGCACAAACGUAUACCUGUUCACGUAAGACAAGGCUAUGGAAUGACUGAAACGACAGCUGGAUGCAUUUAUCAGAUAAUUGGUUCCACUGGUGUUUUGUUGUCUAAUAUGGAAGCUAAAUUAAUUGACGAGGAUUGUAAUGGUAUAAACAAGCUUGGUCCUGAUGAGGCAGGUGAACUUGUAAUUCGGGGUCCUCAAAUCAUGAAGGGCUAUUUAAACAAUACUAUUGCCAAUUCAGAAACAUUUUUGGAAGAUGGUUGGAUGCGUACUGGAGAUAUCGCUAAAUACGACCAAAAGACUGGAGAAUUCUACAUAAUAGAUCGCCUUAAAGAACUAAUCAAGUACAAAGGGCAUCAAGUAGCGCCUGCAGAGCUUGAGGCUGUUUUAAUGAGCCAUGCAUCUAUUGCAGAUUGUUGCGUAGUUGGUCUUUACGAUAGUACACAGGCAACUGAGAUCCCCCGUGCUUAUGUGGUGCUCCAAGGUGCGACUGAGAUGAGUGAGACACUCAAAGGCGAACUCCAUGCUUUCGUGAAUUCCAGUGUGGCUGGUCACAAGAAAUUACGGGGUGGAAUCUAUAGGGUUGAUAAGAUUCCAAAGAGUGUUAGUGGGAAAAUUCUGAGAAAAGAAGUGAGGGAGUGGAUUAGAUUGGAACAAGAGCAAGAAUAUUCUUCUACAAAAGCUCGUCUUUAA